AAUGACACUGACGUCUGUCCCUUGUCAGUUUAAAAAAUAAAAAUACGAAAAAUUUAUAAAACAAUACAUAUUAUUUAACUACAUAGCAUAAAAGAAAAAUCUUUUUUAGUUCAAAAGAAAGCUUAUUGAAAUGUAGCUUGAGAUAUAAUAUAAAACGUACAAAUAAUUACAAAAGGUUAUAUAACAUAAAAAUGGCAUUAAAAAAAAUAUUAAUUGGUGGAGGAACCGGGUUUAUCGGCCAGCACCUCGGAGAUAUGUUAAGAAAUACUAACUACCGGGUAGUUAACGUAUCUCGCAUGCCAAGUGCUAAUGCAAUAUCAUGGACUGCGGUAGAAUCUGGAUCCAUUGGUCAUGCUCACGCUGUAGUCAAUCUUGCUGGUCAGCAAACUAUGGAUUUUACCAGAAGGUGGACAGCAGGAUUCAAACAAAAUGUUAAAAACUCUAGAGUAUUUACCACUAAAGCCCUAGCAGCAGCCAUCAAUAAGAGCACCGACAAGCCAAAAGUAUUUGUUGUGGUGACUGGUGUUGGAGCAUAUGAACCUUCAGAAACUAAGAAGUAUGAUGAAUCUAGUCCAACAACUGGGAAAGACUUCUUUUCACAACUGUGUGUGGAAUGGGAAGCGGCAGCUAAAAUAGAUCCACCUGUGCGACUUGUAAUAAUCCGGUCGGGUGUCGUCCUUGGUCGCGACGGUGGUAUGGUGAAGAACAUGAUUUUACCAUUUUUCUUUGGACUCGGUGGACCCCUAGGCUCUGGCAAGCAAUACUUACCCUGGAUACAUGUUGAAGAUUUGUGCCGACUCAUAACUUUCGCUAUAGAAAAUGAUGAUGUGAAAGGAAUAUUAAAUGGUGUCGCCCCUCAAGUCAUUACAAAUGGAGAAUUUACGCAGGCAUUCGCAAAAGCGCUAUCAAGGCCAGCAUUCCUGCCGGCUCCUGAAUUUGCUCUGAACCUACUUCUCAAUGAAGAAAGAGCAAUGCUUAUGACAAAGGGACAACAUGUCACACCAAAAAGAGUUUUAGAAUAUGGCUUCCAAUACAAAUAUGAUAACAUCGAUGCGGCCUGCAAAGAGUGUGCGCAUUUGUUUCCGAGUAAAUAAUUACAUAAGAGGUCUUAAUAUUAUGUCUAAGUGGAUACUGAAUAAUACAAAUAAAGCGAUCAAAUAGAAAUUAA